UCUCUGCUCAGCUCUGGAGGUUUAGAAAUACUGGAACUACUUUAACACAAAGAACUGCGAAAUAAAUACAUUUAUAAAAAGCAAAUAUAACUAGAUAACAUUAUUAACAACUUUUACCUGUCACAUAUGACAGGCAGGACGGCUGUUGUCUGGCUAUUUAAAGCGAGGGAGCUUUAGCUACACAUGUCCAUGAUGUGCAUUAUUUAUUUCAUAUAAAACUUAGUUUAGUUUAAAGCUAUUAGUACCAUCAGUGAUGUGUAUUCUCCAGCUGGUUUAAAGGAUUCUAGUGAACAGGGUAAAAUGAGAGGAUAUCUUCAAACUUUAAACUGGAUCUUUAAACUCCAGCCCAGAAGUACAACAGUGGGAAAACACAAGGAUUCAGAUCUCUGUCUACAGAAUGGUGGUGUGGAAGAUCAUCAUGCUACUAUUGAAUGGAAUGAAACAGAGCACUGCUAUGUUCUGAGUGAUCUGAACUCCAUUCAUGGCACCUACGUCAAUGACUGUCGCAUUCACAAUGCAGCCGUACGUCUGUCACCAGGAGACGAGCUUCAUUUUGGCUACGGUGGCUCAACCUACAAGCUCUUAGUGGAUCCUGCAAACCCGCUUCCUAUUCUGCAUGCCCGGUCUGCUGCCUCACCUUCUCGAGUAAAAAGUUGUGCUCACUCCUCUUCUGUUAGCCCUCAUCCUCCCAGCAGAACUCGACCAGCGAGUGCAGGAGCUAAACGCACCAGUUUGAGCCCAAAAUCUCCAGAGCCCAGACCAACCCAGUCCUUCAAACCAGGUAGAUGCUGGGCCAGUAGCACAGGAGGAGGACUCAUUUUUAGAAAUAACGGCAUGUCUAGGAGCUCUAACAGCUUACAAGACUUAAUACAGGAGGAGAGCUGGGUAGGGUGUAAUGAGGCUCAGAGAAAGGAGUGUGUGAUUGCAGCUCUGAGGGAGGAGAUAUCAGCACUUCGGAUGCAGCUGUCUCAGAACAUCCAGAGUGAUCCAGACAUCAGACACAAGCUCGCCAACCUGGCUAGAGACAUAGAGGAGAAAAAAGAGGAGAUACAGGAGCUCAAAAAACAGAUGAUGGGUAUGCAGAUGAGAUCUGGUGAGCUCUUUGGGGAAACUGUAGCAGAGAAAAAUCUGAGGAUCCGCCAUCUCAAAGAAGAGGCAGAUAAGCUGAAGAGUGAGAAAAGCAAAUCAGCAGCAAUGGUGGACAGCUUGCAGAAGGAUCUCUCGGCUCGGGAGAAACAGGGACUGAAACUGGCUGCUGAAGUCGACAAACUUAGGCAAGACAUCAGAUUUAAGGAUGCUCAGCUCAGUAACAUGACUAACAAGCUGUCAAAAAUAAAAGAGACUGAAAAACAUCAGGAGGAGUUUCUUGCCAGGGAAAAAGAGGUGGAAUCUCUUAAAAAGACAGUAGAGCAGUUGAGAGCGACUGUAAAAGAGAAACAGAGAGAAGUGAAGCAGCAGAACACAGAGAGAGACUCACUCAAACACAAACUGGAACAGAUGACAAAGGAGCAAACGUCUCUGCAGACAGAGAUAAGCAAAGUAAAGCAGAUGCAGCAAGACACACUCCAUCGAGAAAAAAAAGUUCAAACAGAAUUAAGACAUACCCAGACAAAGUUUGAGAAUACUUGCAAAACAAUUCUAAAGCGUGUACUUCUUACUUCAGAAACAGUAUCAGAGGAAAAGAUGCUGGAGCGUUUGCUAGAGCUAGCCGAACAGAAAAAGGUGUUUGCCUGCAGAGUGCACGACUUAGAACAAAAUCUUCAGGAACACAAUAACAUCCAAAGAGUGGUGGACGAAGACACUGAGAAACUCAAGGCCAGACUAGUUGAAUUCCAGAGUACUCUACCAAAAAUGGGUUUGGAUUCCAUGCAACGUGAAAUAUGUGCUCUCCGGGAUGAGAGUGUGUCCCCUGCUGUCAGCUGGGUUCAGACUUCUACACUAUCAUUACUGACCAGUCUACACACACUGCUUCAGGACAUCGCUGACAAACUGCUCAAUGCAGGGAUCGAGGUCUCAGAGACGACUGGAGGAGUUACAGGUGCUAUAAAGACUUUAUGCCAGCAGCACCAGGAAAUUCAGUCAGAACUCAGAACACUAAAGGCAGAUAAGCAGCAAAUUGAAGAGAAAAAAACCCAGACUGGUGAGCUGCAGAGGGAACUGGAGAUGAUGAAACAGGAACUGGAGCUUCAAAAACUGCAGGUUAUGAAAAAAGAGGCAGAAGUGAAGAAUACAAUGAAGAUAGAGCUGGAAAAGAUAAGAACUGAUCUUAAAACAGCAAAAAGAUCUGAAGCCGCCUUACGUUUGGAGAAUGAGACUUGUGAGGUAAAGUGGCACACUAAACUAGAGAAAGCAGAGAAAACAAAAACUGAGCUGAAAGAAAAAGUAAGAGAACUAGAGAUUCAAGAGCAACAGUGGAGGGAGAGAAUGAAGGAUGAAAAACAGCGAGAGGAUGAGUGGAGAAAAAGGGUGGAAGAGGCUCUGCAGAAGGGAGCAGAAGAGGAAAGAGAGAAAAACAGAGUGAAUAUUGAAGAGUACAGAGAGCAGGUGCUUCAGCAUGCUCACACUAUUGUUGCCUUGGAGAAGCAAAUGAGCUCAGCUCAGCAAAGAGCAGCAGAGCUGCAGGAGGAGAGAGACUCACUAACACUGAAACUUACAGAGGCACUGAAUCAGCUGGAGGAUGAAAAACCCAGUGUGUCACCUAAAAAACCAAAAGAGCAACAGCAGCUGGAAGAGACGAUAUCUUCUCUCAGGACAUCACUUGGAGUGUCCCAACAGGAAGUAGUCAGGCAGGGUGAGGUCAUCGCUUCCCUGAGUCGUGACCUGGCUCAUGCCCAUGCUCGUCUCUCUGACCUCACAGGGGAACUAAGUGAACAGCAGAAGGUGGAACUUGAGACACACAGAGCUUUAGUGGUGGAUCAGAAAAUGCAACUGAGCAUGCUCACACAGAAGCUAACCGUGACCUCCCAGCUGCUGGAACAGAAGGAUGAGGAGCUGAAGAAACUGAGAGAGAAGCUGAUAAAAACAGAGGCAGAUUUAAAUAGCAUACUGGAAAGAGAGAGAAGAGAGCAGGAUGAGAUACAAGUUAAGGGCCUCGCUACUCUCCUUCCUCUUCAAACAACCCGACACACUAAGGAUGUGGCCGUCAUGGUCACUCCCCGAAGUCUGACUACCAGAACAAAGUACAAAGGUCGUCAUCAUGAAGAAAUGAUUCGUCAGUCGAAGGAAGCACUCAAAUCAGUGAAAGAGAGAAUCAGUGCUGUUGAAGAGAAGUGGCCCAGCAGCCAGCAGAGGGUACCAGUGAAACACAGUGAAAUGAAAUUGGUCCAGAUGAAGGCGAAAAGGCUUCAGAGUUCUGCUGUGCAGCGAGACUCCAUCAGCUCUGUGAGUGGUUUUGCCUUCCCUGAGGUUCUGAGUGAGGCAGCACUGGAACGCACAGCGAGGCUGGACUUGUCUGAUGCUCUGGAGCUCAGUGAGAGGACGUAUGUUGAUCUGGCACGGGCAUUGUGUGAAGCUCUUGAGCUAAGUGAGGGCUGGCUUUCAGGAUGUGUCCCACUAAAGCACCUUCCGCCUGAAGAAAGAGAGCACAUGGCCUCCCUCAGACAAGAAGAUCUGGAGCUCAUCCGGAGCCGUCUUGCACUGCACAACAGCCUGAGCCAAAACAAAGACCUGCAACUACAGGAGAGUCAAAAAGAGAUUCAAACACUCAGGGAGAGCCAGGCUGUUGGGAAACAGCUACAGGCAGAGUUGGACGAUGUGCGUACAGAGAUGGCUAUACUGAAACAGGAGAGCGGUGCACUUCACCAGGCCCUGCAGGAUACCCAGACCCAACUACAGCACUGCACCAAGCACAGAAAUCACAAGGCUCUGAAUGAGGAGAGAAUGGACAGGAGGAGCAAUAGAAUAGGCCAUCACAACUGUAUACCAAAUGAGAGCAAUGACAAGGCAGUGGUGUUAAAGAGGCUAAAGCAGCAGGAGAGGAGGAAGAAGAGGACAGAGAAUGAGGCACACACCCUGAAAAACGAGAAAGGGCACCAAGAAGAUGUGACUUGCAAAAUGGAAACUCAGCUAGCCAACCUGUCACAGCAGCAGGAGAGAGCUGAGCUCACUCAGGCUCACUGACACAGGUUCAGUGAGGGUUGCACAGGAUUCAAAACCAUCUGGAUACAUGGAGAGAGGCAGGAAUAUGCAAAAUUUCUCACAAAGAUCCCAGGACCUAUGUUGCUUUGCGGCACCAACUCUGAAAAUGUAAUGGUUUGUGUUUAUACAUAAGUCAGUUUAAUAACUAUCCAGAAAUUGUUACAUCUAUGAAAUGUGGUAGGCCUGGGCCAAUCCUUGCUUACCAAAUAGUAGACCUUUCCUGGAUGUCCUUAUAUACCUACACGUGAUUGCGUCACCUUCCUGAGAUGUUUUGUAAACGUUUCAUGACAUGUUUAGUCAUAGAUUGCACAGGUCCUAACUGGUCCCGUAAAAUGCAGGCAUCUAUUUCAGAAUAAGCAAUGAACAAUGAAAUUAUUAAAUAUUAUGUAAUUGCAUUGUUUUUUAAUACAGAUCAACAUGGAUUAACCCACGCAGUCGUGGGGAGAACAUGCAACUCUUCUCAGAGGUCAUGAUCGAACCCAUGUUGAUGUGUGGCACCCAGCAGCUGCACUGCUGUUCUAUUUAAUUGCUGGCAAAUACCUGUAAACUGUAAGCUAGUUUUGUUACAGUGAGGAUAAUACAUCAGGAAUGUCCACUGAUACUCUAGAUUCAUAGGCCAGUUUCAGCCUCAACCAACAUUUUUGUUUAUCAGUAAGUCAGAAUCAGAAUCACUUUAUUUCGCCAGGUAUGUUACACAUGCGAGGAAUUUGUUUUGGUGAUACACAUAAUAAUAAUAAACGAUAAAGAUGUGGUAAGAACGUA